AUGACAGCAGCCGACUACACGAUAGCAUCGCGACCGGUCAACGUAGCCAUUGAUCCUGUGGCCUUGAUCAUUACAGAAUGCAUCACCGUCACGUCAGCUAUGCGCAAGCACGCACGUUGGGCUCAGUCUUCUGUAUCAGCAAUUCUCGGCGGCGGAGCUGCUAGGCGUCCUCCUUCCUCCUUGGGUCCCCUCAGUGUCGGCGACGAUGCUGAUGGUGGACAGCUGGCUACACGAUGGGGCCUUCGCGGCAAGAAGGGAAAGAGCAUCCAGGAUAACCCACUGUUGUCUGCCUUUGCGCGUUUGCGGAGUCAACUCAAAGGAUGUAGAGAUAUUCGCACCGUCGACACUCCUUCGAUCCUCCAACCUUUCUUGCAGGUCAUUCGCUCCUCGUCCACCACCGCUCCAAUCACUUCACUGGCAUUAAUCGCAAUAACAAAGAUGCUCUCCUAUAAUGUCAUCAGUCCAGGCAUGCCCAACUUUCCAUACGCCAUGAUGCUUCUGUCCUCGAGUGUAACAAAUUGCCGUUUCGAGGGUGACAAUACUGCCUCGGACGACGUCGUCUUUCUUCGUAUCCUCAAGCUCAUGGAAAUCAUCAUUACUGGUCCUUCUGGGGAUGUCCUUGGCGAUCAGAGUGUCUGUGGCAUGAUGGAAUGUGGCAUCUCGAUAUGUUGUGCACUGCGCAUGAGCGAAGUGCUUCGACGUUCGGCCGAGAUUACAAUGGUCACCAUGUGUCAAACUAUCUUCCAGAGAUUAACUCAUCUCGAGUCCUUGCCAGAAGAUGACAACCAGAACGAUUUCAAGAUUGAGUCCAGUACUACGCAGAUCGGUUCGACUCCCGCUCAAGAUACACCUCCAUCUGGAAGUCUAGAUGUGCCUCGCGUCGCCGGGAGUGAAAGACCAUCUGCAGAGUUCAAUGCUAGCCAAGUUGACUUGACCAGAGUAACCGAAGCCACUGACAUCCCUGACAUCAAUCCAUAUGGUCUACCCUCGAUCAGAGAGCUUUUCCGCACGCUAGCUGAACUCCUCGAUCCUCAUGACAGACAAUAUACUGACACCAUGCGAGUCAUGGCUUUGCGAAUUGUAAAUGUGGCUCUAGAGGUUGCAGGUCCUUCGAUCGCCUACCAUCCAUCUCUAGCAUCGCUGGCCAAAGAUACUCUCUGCCGCAAUCUUUUCCAACUCGUACGCUCCGAGAAUAUUGCGCUUCUUCACGAAUCAUUACGUGUGGCUGGUACCCUACUUGCAACUUGUCGGAGUGUGCUACGACUACAACAAGAGCUCUACCUCUCAUACAUUGUUGCUUGCUUGCAUCCUCGCGUUCCAAUCCCUGAUGAACCAUCCAUUAAUCCCGCCCUUUACGAAGGUGUACCUCAAGCUCCGAGACUCGUCAAACCGGCUGCAUCUGCCACUCAAAGCGGUCGAUCAACACCGGUACCCGUAAAGGAUCGACAGAAACUUGGAAUGGAAGGAGGUUCUCGCAAACCUGACGCCAGAGAAGCAAUGGUAGAGAGUGUAGGGGCCUUGGUCAGAAUACCCAGCUUCAUGGCUGAGCUCUUCGUCAACUAUGACUGCGAGAUAGAUCGAAGCGACUUGUGCUUGGACAUGGUCGGCCUGCUUUCGCGCAAUGCAUUCCCGGAUUCCGCCACCUGGAGUACUACUAAUGUGCCACCCCUUUGCUUGGAUUCGUUGCUCGGAUAUGUGCAAUUCAUCGCCGAUAGACUCGAUGAUGAGCCUAUGACCGAGGGACUGCCUCGUUUGGAAGCUCUCCGCGAACAGAGGACCCGUAAACAGAUCAUCAUACGCGGUGCCGCCAAGUUCAACGAGAAUCCGAAAUCUGGUCUUGCUUUCCUGGCUUCGCAGGGGGUCAUUGAAACCAUGGAAGACUCCAUGUCCAUCACACGCUUCCUCAAGGGAACAUCACGGAUCGACAAGAAAGUUUUGGGCGAGUUCAUAUCUAAAAGGUCUAAUGAGGUCAUCCUUGAUGCUUUCCUCGAUCUUUUCGACUUCACCGGACAGCGUGUUGAUGAGGCGCUACGCCAAAUACUCAAUUCAUUCCGUCUCCCUGGCGAAUCACAACUCAUCGAAAGAAUUGUCACGGUCUUCGCGGGGAAGUACUGCGAUAAAACCAAUCCCGAGGGCAUUGCUGAUAAGGACGCUGUCUACGUUCUGACGUAUGCGAUUAUCAUGCUCAACACCGACCAGCACAAUCCGAAUAUGAAGCAAGCGCGAAUGGCCGUCACCGACUUUGCUCGCAAUUUGCGCGGUGUCAAUGGAGGCAAGGACUUCGAACCAGAGUAUCUUCAAGGAAUUUACGACUCAAUCAAGACUCGAGAAAUCAUCUUGCCAGAGGAGCAUGAUAACAAGCAUGCGUUCGAACAUGCUUGGAAAGAGCUUCUUAUCAAGACACAAACUGCGCAAGACCUGGUCUUGUGUGAUACUAAUAUCUAUGAUGCAGAUAUGUUUGCAGCCACAUGGAAGCCUGUUGUCGCCACUCUCAACUACGUUUUCAUGUCUGCCACUGACGAUACUGUGUUCCAAAGAGUCAUCUCCGGUUUCGAUCAGUGUGCUCAGAUUGCUGCCAAGCAUGGACUGCACGACUGUCUCGAUCACAUCAUAUCUUCCCUUGCACAAAUUAGCACUCUGGCUACAGAAACACCUCCAAGUACCGCUCUCAAUACUGAGGUACAAGCUAAUGGCAAGAGUAUCAUGGUAAGUAAGUUUGCGGUUGAUUUUGGACGAGAGAAUAAGGCACAGCUCGCCACGCUCGUCCUCUUCCGCAUCAUCAAUGGUCACGAGGCCACAAUUCGUGAAGGCUGGAGCCCUAUCAUUCGCAUCAUCCUCAAUCUCUUCACAAAUUCUCUCAUUCCAACUACAUUGUCGACGUUGACAUCGAAGCUUGAUCUUCCACCGAUCCCUCUCCAGAGUCCAGCUCAAGUGAUCGAACGCAAUGACAAAUCCACUGACAUUGGUUUGUUUUCUGCGUUCACAUCAUACGUAUCAAGUGUAAUGAAUGAUGAACCACCGGAGCCGAACGACCAAGAGAUUGAGUCAACACUUUGUACUGUCGACUGCAUCAGCGCCUGUCGAUUGAAUGAAGUCGUCGCCAAUAUCGGCAACAUGCCAAUUGAUGCCCUCAAGGCAUUCACGCAAUCGUUACUCUUGUAUUUACCGCCGGACGAUAUUGAGAGCUCUCCAAAGGUCAUCGUCGUUAAAUCACCAGUCGUUGCCCCAACCCCAGUUCGAGCCAAUGGUCAGAAACCACAACCUGUAACACCAGACUACGAUCCGGGUCUCGUCUGUAUUCUUGAGCUUGCCACCGUGUUGGCAAUGCGUGAUCAGGCUUCGGUAUCAUCAUUCGGCCAAGAAGUCGCUCAGAGUCUCAAGUCGGUAAUUCGUGAUGCGGAUGGUCUGCAUCCGGUCACACUUGGCCGAGCAUCAUAUUACCUGUUGAAUCUGCUUAAAGCUAGCGACGACCACGAUUAUGUUCGAGCGCCAGUUGUUUUACAUACGAUAUCAUCUUUCAAUCAGGGCCUUCUUCAAAAAUGCGGCCCAACAAUACUCAAAGGAGUUUCUGGAUGUAUCAAAGGCUCUGCGAGCCUCCGGAAAGAAAUGGCAACAUCUCCAGACUUUUGGUCAAUACUUCAUAGUCUUCAACCGAUUCCCGAAGCUGCCCCGCUUGCUUUCCACAUCACUGAAGACAUUGCUACAGGAUCACCUCAAGCAAUCACUGCUGAUAACUACGAGUCGGCCAUUGGUUUAUUGAACACCUUUGCUACAGUCAGCAACCCAAAUGGUUUUCGUGAACAACGAAGAGAUCCAGCUGUACGGCGUAGCAAGUCGGCAGCUCCUGAAAAGCGACCUGCUCCCGAUGAGGCCACACUGCGUGGUGUGAGGGCAAUGGCAAUCAUAUCACAAAUGACUGGUCGUGUACCUGCAUUCAUCAAACAGUCUCACUUGGAACUCAAUGAGGCUUGGCAGGCGUAUUGGCUUCCCAUCUUCAGAUGCUUUAUCAUGCAAUGCGUCAGUCCCUCUCGGGAAAUCCGUCAACAGUCCUUCUCGUCCCUGCAACGCUGCUUGUUGUCCAACGACCUCGCAUCGCCAGAACACAAAGAAUGGACAAACAUUUUCAGUCAGGUCUUAUUUCCUCUUGUUCAACAGCUACUCAAACCAGAGGUCUACCAGAUGGAUCCAGCUGGUAUGGGUGAGAUGCGAGUGCAGACCGCACAAUUGUUGUGCAAAAUCUUCUUGCACUACCUUGUCAUGCUUAGUGAAUGGGAAGGAAUGCAUGACUUGUGGAUGGAAAUUCUGGACCUCAUGGACCGUCUGAUGAACAGCGGUCAGGGUAACACAUUGGCGGAAGCAGUGCCAGAAUCUCUCAAGAAUGUGUUGCUCGUCAUGUCCAGUAGCGGCUAUCUGAAGCCGCCAAGCGACGAUGACGAGCAGUCAGAGCAGCAAAAACAGUUGUGGAAAGACACAUCAGACAGGCUGCAAAGCUUCCUACCAGAAUUGAUGCCUGAGCUAUUCCCAGAGCCUGAACCAAAGGUAGUAAAAGAGGUGGGGACAAAAGUCGCUGAUGAAAACGAGACAGGUGCUCCUGUGCCUGUCAUAGAGGAGAAGAGUUCAGAUGUUGCUUAG